AUGACCACCAAGCAAUACGACAACAACAUGCCAAUACACUUCUCAUGGAUUGGUGUUUCUCACGCCUCUGGUUGGCAUGGCCAAGAAGUAGAGCGACACUCUACUAGGGCACGCGAAACAAUCGAGCCAGUGGCUUUCAUGUAUUGUAGUCUGCGAGUGGCUCAGGUGGAAGAGGACGUUGUAUACUUUUUUGCUGGACUUGAACUGGCUAUCAGAUUCAAAAAGCUCAACGAGUACCGCCAAAUCACACCUAGUAGGUCUAAGUAUUUUCGUCACUGCCACACAAUUUUCGAUAUUACCCUAUCUUUCUCUUCUAACUAUUGUUCCUCACUAGGCAAUACUAUGCUGUAUUUCUUGGUACUAUCAGCAGGACUUCUCACAGUAGCUUCAAGACGGUCACUUCAGCUCAGCUACAAUCACUGCCCGCACGCUCUGUUCCAUGCACUUGACACGAACGCCACCACGUCGCGAAAGGUACUAGUACGAACUGUCAAGCCCUUUGCUUUUACUUCCAUAAGCGCACGCCGCAACUCAUGUCCACGACUACCGGCCAUGCCACUAACACAAUCACACUUUCAUCAAGCAAGGAAGCACCGCGUUGACCAAAAUAAUUGCCUGGAUUUUUCACGGAGGUGGGAUAGUGGGUUUGAUGUGGAUUGCGAAUUUGGAUUGAGAGUCAGGUUAGGGACGGCACGGAGCUUGGUAUCCUAUUAUCUUGCAGCUGGUUUCCUGCUGAUUACUGAAUUGCAAAAUAUUAAGGUCCGCAUGCUGACUAUGAAACCUGGCUUGCAUAGGAUCGAUAUCGACAUAUUAACUAACAUGAGUCCCAACCGCCGAAUUCCAGCUUACAAUCAAAUCGAAAACUACAACCUGCCGCUUAGGAAUUCAAUAGUGGCUCUCUUCACAACAAAUAGCUGUUGGCAUUUGAACCGGGAUUCACCAAGCUUCGAAAUCAUAUCAGCAUUCUUCGAAUUGCUUACACGUCUUCAUAGCUUUUUUCUGUUCUCAUAUCACCCAUGUCCCGAACCCAAGCCAAAACUACAAACCCUCUCCUACUCCAACUCAUCCCCCAAAUACGCCGCUACACUCCCGCCGAAGUCACUCUUGCGAUUUCUCGGUGGAAUUAUCCAAGAGAUAAACCAACGAGGGUGUGGAACCGGCGUAGCGCUCAUAGAAAACUUUCUAGAACGGCGGGGCUAUUUACCGCUGAUACAUAUGCAAGAUAUGAGAGCGGAGAUGGUUUUGGAGGAGGAAUCAGGGAAGAGAGAUUUGGAGAGAAAGUUGGAAAUAGAGGUGAAGAGUGAGUUGGAAACGGAGAUGGAGGUGUUGGAUUUGAGCGAGCUAGAUUUUGAUGAUGGCUUUCUCUUCAUAGGCGACGGGGGAUCUGCAUGGUACGAUAAUGAUAAGAAUGGGUUUGAACCAUGGGCAUUGAGGGAAGUAGGAGAGGUCGAAAGGAGCACAUAA